AGAUUUUCAAGUAAUAGAUUUUUUUCAUUCAUAAACUCUUAUAGAAUUUAGCAACAUGAACUUCUUCAGAAAGAAAGGCUCGGAGUCCUCGCUCAACUCCGAUGCUGCUUCCGUGUCCUCCAGGGCCACCUCCAUGAGCGGAACGAGUUCGUCUUCCAAGGUGAGCUACGUGAAAAGACACACGCCUUUUGAUGUCCCUGUCAACCCUAUUAAGCCACCUAAUUUCGACUUGGACGCUGAACAACAGGAAAAGUACGAAACGGUUCUCGCCCAUUUCCAGGAGUUCAUCAAGAACGAUUUGCCUGUGAAUGACAAGCAUGACGCUGCUCGCCAUCCACUUGUGGAACAGGAACUUGCCUGGCUUACUAAGGAAUGCAUUCUUCGUUACUUGAGAGCUUCCAAGUGGAAAGUAGAUGUAGCAAUCAAGCGAAUGGAAGAAACAAUGAUAUGGAGAAGAACUUUCGGAGUAGUCCAUAUUCCGGAGCAUACCGACGAUGGCAAGUUCAUAACAGCUGAGUUGGUAUCUGACGAAAACGAAACUGGUAAGAAUCUCAUUGUGGGCUACGACAACGACAAUAGACCCUGUUUGUAUUUGAGAAAUGGGUACCAAAACACCGCUCCUUCUAUGAAGCAAGUACAACAUCUAGUCUUCAUGUUGGAAAGAGUCAUCCAGUUUAUGCCUCCCGGCCAAGACACAUUGGCUCUCUUGAUUGACUUCAAGGCCGCUCCGGAACACAUGAAUCUUUCCUCGAAAUUUCCUUCUCUUUCCAUCUCCAAGCAAGUAUUGCAUAUUUUACAGAAUCACUACCCUGAGAGAUUGGGAAGAGGACUUUUUACAAACAUUCCUUGGAUUGGCUAUACGUUCUUUAAAGUUGUUGGACCAUUUAUAGACCCAUAUACCAGGCUGAAAACGAUCUAUGACCAACCUUUCGAGAACUUUGUUCCCAAGGAACAGUUGGAUAAAGAGUUCAACGGUGUCAUGGACUUUGAAUACAUCCACAACGUCUACUGGCCAGAAAUGAAUCAGAUGGCAGAAAAGAAGCAUGAAGUGUAUAUGAACAACUUCAGAAAACUAGGGGCAGAAAUAGGUUUAAGUGAGUACCAUUUGAGAAAGGAAGAGGUGUCAGCUACAGCAUAAACGAAAUCUAUUUGUAUAAUACGAGUAAUUUUAUCACCAAUGAAUAGCAUCUAUAGAAAAACAAAUAUGUAAUUGUUCUUU